AUGGCGCUUCGUGUUAAAAGUGAACAAAAAUUCUUCGAUGAACAUCUAUUAUUUCAUCUACUACAGGAAGAUAUUGACAACGUGAUGUCCAUUAUUAAUGAUGAUGACGGGAAAACUCUCACCGAUAGUUUUGGAAUGACGCUUCUUCAUCACGCUGCUGCCGUUGGGAGCCACAUAAUUGCAACGUAUUUUGUCAAGCAAGGAUAUGCAGUCGACGCUGCAGACUUCCAAGGAAAUACUCCAUUGAUGCACGCCGUUAUACAUAGUCACUGGAAUGUUACAUCAGUUCUUCUUCGAGCGAAUGCGAUAUAUUGGCUUGCAAUCGAGACAAGAAAACUCCAGUUUUUUGAUGCUUUGAAGAGACAAUGUUCAAGAGAAAAAAUCACUGAAAUAUUGCUGGAAUUAAACUGCCCUCUUCCUCGAGUAAUAUUGCUGAAGGACUCAAUUGUUACGGAAAACAUGCUGAACAGGGGUUGUACUGUUCAUGAUCGAGAUACCAUGUCUGACUGCACAGCUUUGCACUAUGCUGUCGGUUAUCACGACAUAAAAAAUGUCAAGCUUCUGCUUGAACGUGGAGCUGAUGUCAACGUCGAGGACAAUGAAAAAAACUUGCCGUUGCAUUAUUACUAUGUUACAUAUCAAAAAAGCAAUCACGAAAUUUUGGCAUGA